CCGACGUCAUCGAAAAAGUCGGCGCGAUUUUUGCGAGAAAAUAAGAGCCGAAGAGGCGUUGCAAUCAGAUUGACAAGAGAUUCGAAAAAAAAAAGGAAAAAAAAAGGAACAAGAAAAUGAAGAAAAAAAAUAGAAAAAUAAAUAGAAAAAAAAAAAAAGUACCAUUCAAGUUGCUCGAUUGAAACCAAGUAACCCAAGUAACCCAAGCAUGCAUCAGCCAUCAUCACUCGUAACCCAAACACUGGAAUUCACCUACAAGUUCUUUUUCGUUCUCGAAACCACCACAUAGUGCACAUGUGGUGGUUCUUGGAUGGUGAGAUGAUGGUCUAGAUACUAGAUGGGGGCAACGAUGGGGGCAAAGGAAGAAAGAGGAGAAGGAGGCAAAACUGCGACGACAGAGGUGGAGGAAGAGGUAGAGAAGUCAAAGAGAGGAGAAAGAGAACGCCAGGUGAAAACUUUUCCUGAAGAGUGAAAACGAAGAGGAAGAGGAAGAGGAAGGAAGGAAAAUAAAAUUGAUUUUAAUAAAUUCCGACCUUUUUUUUUUUCUUUUUUUCUUUAUUUUUUUCCUCUUCUCUCUUUUCUCUUUUCUCUUUUCUUGCUCUUUUCACUGCUCACCUUGGCGUUCGCUUUUGCUCUCAGUAGACUCUUUCCAUGGCACACACUUUUCCACCACCACCACCACUACUACUACUAGUACACCUCCAUACACACCUUGCUUGGUAUACUACUACACUACACAAAAGAAAAAAAAACACUCUUUGAGUAUAUACACACGUAAACUUUUUCAUUUGCUUUUCAUUUGCUUUUUUCUUUCUUUCUUUUCUCUCUCUGUAUUUUUCUGGUUUCUCCUCGAAAACUUUCUGCUUCCUUUAAUCCUUCUUUUUUGUAUCGUCUCUCGUAUAUCUAGUUUCUCUUCAUGGAUCAACAGCAAGGCAACACGUACAAUUGGAGCGCUUAUGGUCGAUGGGUCAUUGUAGUCAUUUGUGUCCUCUUUUUAAUUUCCUUUUUCAUUUCCAUUGGUUAUGUCAAUCGUCGAAGAAAUCGUAAUGGUUUAAACACCAUUCCUUUCACCAAUUUUUAUCCCCUUUCCACACCUCCAGUCUAUUCACCGAGACCCAAUCCGCCUCCAAAUGUUAAUACUACCACUCCGUUUAUGCCUGGUAUGUCUGGUGCGUUCGUUACACCUCAAGUUUAUCGACCUCCUCCUACCUCGCCAGAUUUUGCAUUUCCCUCUCCACCUAAUGACGAUGUUCCUCCUCCUGCCUAUCCAGAGGCUAUGGCUUCCGUUCAUCGCCCAAAGUACGACAACGCUGCUCUUUAAACAACUCCAUCAUCAGUGCAAUUAUAAUCAGUUUAGUUCCUUUCUAAAGGGAUGCUUUUUUCUAUUUAUUUAUUUGCUCUCCCUUUAAGCAAGCAUUUGUAUUUUUAGAAAUUGUUUUUGUCCUUUUCCUAAAAGCAUUCUAUGAUGUUCUUUUUCUCUCUUCUUUUGCUUUCUUUUUCCUACACCUCUUUCUCUCUCUCUUCUUCAUUCACAUUUUCCCUUUUACUACAUCGUUUUUUCUUCUUUUGUCGGGUAUGAACCGAUUCAUGGGUUCAAGGUUCAACAGCUGGUUUCACUUAUUUGAAUCAUCCAUAUUCUAAUCUUUUCACUGGUAAUGCUAUCUUUAUUAUAAUAAUUUGGUUUGUUUGCUUUUCUAUUUUUAUAAUUCUCGUUUGAGAUUUCCUAAUCCAUUAAAUAUACUUUCCAUCCUUUUGCGUAUAAUUUUUUAAAUUUUUUUUUUUUUUUUCUA